AUGGCAACCUACCAGGAAAGCACCGAGAGAUCUGAGAUAGCAACACUGAUAUUCGACGAGGAUGGUGAUUUCCCGGCUUUCUUCGCGUUCUUCGGUACAAUACUCCACCAAAAAAACUUCCUAGUAGUCAAUGGCCAAGGAGGGUUGACAUACAGAGACAUCGGCGUUGCAGUGAGUCUUCUGAAAAGCUCUCGUGGCACCACGAAGAAUGGAGUCAUCCAAACCUUGAAUAAUGAUAAUGGCACCGCCACGCCAAGGUCAAAUGUUUUGGACGCUCUUAAUUUGGCUGUCAACAUGGUGCUCAUGGUGGACUGCGAUCCCCAAGAAUCACACGCGCGGGGGUACACCAUAGCCGACUACAGUCCGAAGUCAUGGCAGCCAGACAUGACAUAUUUGGACUUUGUCCAGCGUUCCUUCCCUAUCGGGGCCUCGGAGAGGGUACAAUGGAGUCUCAAGGCUUCGAAGUUGAAGAAGAGGCUCCGUAUCAAGUUCCUGCCAACAGACGACCUCGAUAAGCACUUACUGUACGAUUCCGGGAACCCUCCUUGUGUAUAUCUCUUUCACCAGGUUGGGUUCUUGAAAGCUCAACUGAACAAGUAUAAUGAUAUGGAAAUGCCGCUGGACUUGACCGUAGACGAAUGUCUCGAGAGAGGUUCCCCCCCAGUACAAUUAUUAUACGAGACAAUACACUCGCUACAGCAGCUGCUCUUUCGCCGACAUGACAAUAAAUCCAAGGCAAUUCUGAAGGAACUCAUCAAUGAAGAAGGAUUCGAUUCCGAAUGUGAAGUUUACGAUGGUUAUAGGCCCCUGGAUGGUGAUGACUUCACGUACACAUACUGGGGGGAGCGGAUGAGAAAACUCGAGGCGGCUUUGGCCAAUCCUCCGCCGCGUAACAAGCUGGAAGCCUGGUUACAGUCGCAGACGAGUGAGAGGAACGCGCUGUUUAUAGCGCUAGUGGCAUUGUUUAUUUCAAUAUUCGUUGGACUGCUGAGCCUUGGACUGGCAGGUUUUCAGACUUGGAUCGCCUGGAUGGCAUGGAAAUAUCCUGUGAAGUGA